AUGGCUAGUUGGGAAGUAGUGAAGAGAGCCAAGUGUGGGUGUUGUGGGAUGUGGGAGGAGUGCACCAUUGGAUACAUUGUUUGGGUGCAAGAGAGGCUUGGUGGUGUGUGGGUUUGUGGCCUGUGUGAGGAGGCUGUCAAGGAUGAGCAACAACGGCUCGGCGUAGGUGUAGAUAUGGCUUUGAGGGCUCAUGCUCUGUUUAGAGAAGCAGCAAAUGCUGAUCCGGACGCUCAAAUCGCUCCGUCCAUUGGUCGGCUGAUCAAGAAGAUCAUGUCUUCUUCUUCGUCUACGUACUAUACUACUUCUUCAACAUCCAACGUGUCCUAA